AUGGCUGAACCCCAACAGGACAUGAGGGAGAAGCCUGCAGGUGAAUAUACACAAGGAGGUGCAAAUCAACAGUUGCCAACUGACCCAGGUGAUAAUGCCAAAUCUGAUGACACCUGCCUAGUCAGAAUUCAGAGCCACAAAGAAAAUGACUUCAUUGAAGUUGAACUGGAUAGACAAGAGCUGAGUUACCAAAAUCUACUAAAAGUGAGCUGCUGUGAACUGGGGAUUAACCCAGAGCAAGUGGAAAAAAUCAGAAAGCUACCAAACACACUACUCAGAAAGGACAAAGACAUUCUAAGACUACGGGACUUUCAAGAAGUAGAACUCAUUUUAAUGAAAAAUGGAAGCUCUGAACUGAUAGAACACAUACCAUCUCUGUUAGAGAAGCCCUGCUACAACAGCAAUGCUGCAAAAAUGACAUAUUAA